AAAAAAAAGUAUAUUGGAUGGUAGAUUCCGACUCUGGUUCGUUUCGAUUUACCAACCAUCAUGUCAUACCCAUCUUCCCAAUCGGAUUUCUCUCGCUUUGUUUCUAUCUCUCUAUCCAUCACCUCAUCCUUGUUUGGCUUGCUGUUGUUCUGAUCCUUCCCUCUCAUUCUCUUACGCGCUUUUUAGCCGGUUUGAACAACAAGGCCUCCUGCAAUGCAUUCCGCUCUCUGUGUAUAGUUUCGUCCUGCUGCUGCUGCUGCUGCUGAUCAUGCUACUCCGAUGCUGGUGCUGCUGCUGCCGUAUAAUUCUACCAUACCGCCGGAUCCAGUUCCACACAUUAUCCUAUUCUGCGCCAUCAUCCAUCAAUUCUCAAGAAGCUACAAACGAAACGGACACGCAAACACACACACACAUUAGCCCCGUAGUACGGCGCACGUACGUGUAUGUUUCCGUAAAAGGGGUUCAGGUUCUUCGGCGUCGCAUAUCGUUUCCAACAUAUCGGCUACCUCACCAAACACCCAGUGGCCGUGUGUGUGGAGGGUAAAAAACCACAUUCUCUCCGUUGUGUACCUCGGAGUUAUUUUUGAGCAUCACCAACUUAACCAACCAACCAACCAACAAUCUCGGCUGGUAGACUCGUUUUCUUCGCCUUUUACCAUACGGGAAAGAAUAAAGAAGGUUUGAGUUCGACGUUUCCUUUUGCUCUUUACCUUCCUCCUUUAACUAUCUUGCCCGCGCCCGAGACAUGUGAACGCAGCGAGUGACGGGGAGGGGUGGGUUUUGAAGGGUGGUUUAAGGGGGUUGGUCACACGAACACGAACCGGUAUAGCCAGCGCGAGGGUAGGGAAAACUGUGUGAGGUACAUAUUAUGUUGAAAAACCUCAACCAUACCUAAACGACAAUCGACAAUACGAGCAACGCCAUUUCGGAGGGUAUUAGAAAGGGAUGGCACAUCAUGCCGAGCUAGCAAAAGCAAGUAGAGCAGUGUUAAGACCCAAACGGUCUGGUGGUGUGUCUCUGCCACAGUGCGUCUCUCCGGCUGGUAACGUUAAAGUAAUCUUUCUAUUCUACGUACUUGAAAAGAACUCAAUUCAAAUCGUUCGCGCUCGUUCGUUCGUUGGUUGUGCUGUUGCGAGGGUUGUUUGUCAUUCCGGAGGCAGCAGCAUCAGCAGCGGCAGCAAUAGUAGUAGUUAAACCCGCAUCGUACCAUUUGUCAGUUUUGAAGUUCUACUCGGUCCGUCAACAGUUAGCGUUGGUUGAGCAUCAUCAUAUCAUCUUCUCAUACCUUAAGCCGCCGCCGUUCGUCCGAGCACUACACUGCACAACACAACAACGGUUUGUUGCUGACGAAGAACUCACCAAGAUAAUUGAUGUUAAGUGAAAGAUAGCUUGAAUGCACAUAAAAUAGAGGCUGAAUCUAUGAAAUGCGUACCAAAAGCUACCGGAGCUAGAAAAGCACAUUUACUGUAAGGGAAGUGUUUAACGGGUUGCUGUGUAGUAUUAAGAGUGUGUUUUAACCCCGGAAAAGGGGAAAAAACACAAACAAACUGAGAACUUGCACUUUUCUUUGCGUGAAGUGAAAAUUGCAAAGAAACACAUUGCGUCCCCGACGCACACACAAUGUCGGAACAAAGCGAUGAAUCCAAGGAGAUGCUCGGCGAGUACGAUCGGAACCUAUUGGAGCAGUUAGUUGUGAACGAUUGGGGCCUUAGUGCGGCUGCAUACAAAAGAAUGAUUUAUUGCGGUAUAGACGAGGUUAGUUUGGUACUGAUCGAGGACACAGAAAUUAACGAACUGUUCAGCGAUCCUCGACUGCUCGGGCAGAAGAUUCUCUUCAAACAUCGGCUCAGACAGUGGCGUCAGGAUCAGCAAAGUUUCCUUAGCAAUAUUGCCGCUCAUAUUGCGCUACCGAACGGCAAUGGUACUGCCGCCGCUUCCGGCGCUGUACCACGGGUACCGGGGCUGCAUCCAGCACUUAAUGGUGCACCUUCCACGUACAAACGGAAAUAUCCGUUCGAUUCCGACCAUUCAGCGUCACAUUCAGCUCUGCCACCAUCCGACGAUGAUGUCGUGAGCGUCAAAGCGGAUCACGACGGUGCGACAAGCAAUGGGCAUGGAGGGAAACGGCGCAACACGGACAGGGAUUCACCGCUUAUUAUGCCGCCCACAUAUACGGCCGCUUCGCUGUCCCUCAUACAACCGUUGGUCAAGCGCAAGAUUGAACCACCGACGCUGAAAGAACGAACGUCCGGUGCAAUUGGUGAUAUACCGGUGCGCAUCGAUCGCGAGAGUAUGUUGCGGUUGCUGCAAUCGUCACAAUCCGGCCACUGGAUACUGAACAGCUACAAGCACGACGAACCGCUCGAGCGACGGGGCCAAACUAUCAUAACGCAUCUAAUCGUCGAUCAAUUCCUGCACUUUAACAUUCUGUUCAAGCACAGAAUGAUGAGCCAUUACGCGGAUGUGAUAACGCAACUGUUCCCGGCGGAGUUGAAGGAAAUUUACUACGCACCAAGAAACACUGUCAAGCGCAACACGUCCGGGAAGCUGUUCGAUCGGUACACGAACCAACGGUUGCGUCACAAGGAACGACUACCCCGGGUGAAACCAUUCGUUGCAGACGAGUGGACCGAACACAAAACGUUCGCCGAGCUGGCGAUCCUGAAUGAGGCUAUGCAGGGAGUUCGUAGUGCAGCUAGUACGACAAACGGUGAUGAUGCGACUGGCAGUGAAGAUGGCAACAUUAGCAACGACUUUCUGCAGCCCUUGGCAACGAUGUAUGUGGAAGGUGAAGACCAUCCGGUGCCGGUCGAUGGUGGCGGGGCAGUUGAUUAUUCCACGCGAGAGGACGAUUGAUGGGAAUGGAAGCGAUAUAGUGAGGUCAAACAGGAAUACCGUGCCAAAUUGAGAUAUUAGGAACAACCGUUGACAAUUUUGAAAAGAAAUACCAGAUCGCUUAUACACUCGUUAAACGCCUCUUGAGACAUUUUCUGUUAAGGUCGCGAUGUUUUAUUGCUCAAAAGUGCGCAUCAAAACGAUUUUAAGGUUCUUUUUAAUACAAUUUAAUUUUUCAUAAUUGCGGCUUCGUCUGUACUAGAUAGUAAUGCUUUAAAAUUGUGGAGUAAUUUAUUUAAUUGAUGCAUACAAAAAGAAGAUCAUUGUCUGUUCUGAAGAAUACGUAAUGCUUUCCCUUUUUUUAAUCAAUUUAUUUACUGUUUGAGGUUCUAACGUUUGUGAGUAAGAUUUUAAACAUGGCCUUUUUGUCCCUUCGACAGUCAAAUUACAAUUAAGUUAACAAUUAAACCACAGGUAAGUAAAGAUAGAGGAAACAAUCGACUGUCCUACAAAUGAUGAUCACAGACGGCGUGAAAUGAAUGAACCUUCUCGGCGUUUAACGUGCUAAAGGAUUCGAACAAUAAUAAUGAAAAAAAAACAACUCAUAGCUACUAAAAUACAAUCGAAUUAAGCCAUUCUUUUAAAUAAUAUCUUAAUGUAAUAUUGAAUGGUAAGCCAAUUGCUUUAGGCUAAGCGGUAUGCGACUCGGUGGUGUAGGUAGUGGCGGUGCCGGGUUUGCACGACAGGACCAAUACAAAUUGCCAUCCGGACCGUAUCCCUGUACGCAGGACCGACUCCUGCAGCGACUUGAGAUUAUGUAGUGCCACAAAAAAGCAAAAAAGAUACUUUACGCAUCGUAAAGCACAUUCGUGAUUACAGCUGAUUACACGAAAGACGUUAUAAAACCGCUGUAUCAACGUCAAUAAAUAUGAUUCAUCAACAGCUAGAA